UUAGUCGUUAUAAUUAAUUGCAUUUUAUCGCAUAAUUUAAAAAUUAAAAUUAUUUACAAGGAAAAAUUACAAAGGCGCAAAAUUUGUGUUUUUCAAAAUUAAAUUGAAAGGAACACACGCAAUUUUUAUUUUAUUUAAAAUUCGGAAAUAAUGGCAACACGAGCAUCUAAUGCAGUAUGCGUUAAAAAUAGUGCUAGUCAAAAAAGUGUCAAGAAUAUUAUGAAUAAUGCACAGAUCAAAGGCAAACAAAAUGUUAAAUCAAAUCCAAGUCAAAUUUCAACAGCAAGCAAUGCAUCACAAUUGAAUGGCCAAAAGCCUAUGUUCAAUAAUAUGACGAAAUCGGCCACAAGCAGACCUAUGAUUGAAAAAAGAUCGGGCCUUCAGGAUAUUGACACUGGAACAUUUUAUCAGAUGUACUAUGGAAAUCGUAAUAUAGCAAAUCCACAGCUUCAAAAUCCAAUGAAUUCUCAAAUGAUUCAACAAAAUAAUUUAACGGUUCAAUCUGAUAUACAAUCGCAAAAUGUUACUCACCCACAAUUUCAAUAUCAGCAGCUACCAUUGAAUCAGAGUUCGAUUCCUAUUCCACAAUUAUCACAACAGCAAAUAUUACAAUCUCCAAUACCGCAACAACAAACCAUACAACCCCAAAUCCCAAAUCAAAUUGUGCAAGUUCCACAACCUCAGUUAGUACAACAGCAAAUACCACAACAAAUUUUUUGUCAACAAACAUUACAGCCAAACCCGCAACAACAAUCGGAUAUUCAAGAAUAUCAUCAACCGCAUUGUAACCAUGAUGUACUCUCUGAGCAACAUUUGCAAGAGCAGUUCAAACAGCAGCAACCAUCUCAACAGCAACAACAACAACUCCAGCAAAGCCAACAGGUACCAAUGCAAUUGCAAAUAAAUAAUCAACAGAUGCCGCAGUUAACGCAACCGUCACAAAUAGUUGACACGAAUGUUGAAGGACUGCAACAAUGUCAGUAUCAAGAAACAUGUCCAAAUUGUUCAACAACAUUUUAUUGCACUGUUGCUAAUCCGUGUGUAAUUCAACAAGUGCAAUAGAUUUUAUCAGAGAAGAGGAAAAAAUUAACUGAAAUCAAAAAUUUCUGAAUGCUUUAAAUUUAAAAGGAACGUACAAAUUUAAAUUUAAAAUUAUAGUAAAAUAAUAUAUAAGUUGAUAUUUGAACUUAAAUGACGAAAGAGAUAGCAAAUAUUUUGUAGUUAUUCUCACUUUUUGUAAUUUUUUAUAAGGUCAUAAACAUUAAUAAAUUUUAAAAAUUCUAGUAUAUUUUUAAGUGUUUUAUUAAAAGAAUUUAAAUUAAAUCAGCUGCGUUGGCAAUGUAUUAAAAUUUAUGACAUGUACGUCAUGUCGCGUUAAAAUUCGUGAUUAACGUCAGUUGCAUGUAUUCGAUUC